GGUGGAUGACGACGGUCACGCUCAAAAGUGCCCCGAGGUUUUCUUGUUGUUGUUGAUCUCAAAAUUGUUGCUUUGGUUAUUCGCGUUUGACAUUGCACAUUCCUCGCCGCCGAUGGAUCUCGUCAAGAAAAGCGCAGCAACGCCCUUAACAAUUUGUUUUGUCAGCCAAUGCAAAUCAGAACCGGUCGUGCACAGAUCCAAGGGCAUGGCCAGUCAUUGACCUCAUCGUCCGUUUAUCUUUUCUUUGGAUCUGCUCGUCGUUUUCUAUCCUGCGCUGCUUUUUGGUACUGGGAGGUGGGCGGGAAUGACCGGAAUGGUAUUGCAACCAGUGUUGCGACUUGCUCUUUGAAACGACGAUCGUGGCUAAGAUUUGCUAAAAACAUGCAUGGCACAUGGGAAUUUUCUGUAUUUUUAUUGUCUCCGCCCGCUAUAUCUGUGUAGAGUUAGACCGAAGAAACCUUUCCAUUGAAGAGACUAAAAUAAUUGUGUGAAAGGAAGAAUUUGGAAUUAGUUGGUCCGCGAACAUGGUGGCGAGCACACUGCAGAGCCCAAUUCAGUAUAAAAUUCAAAUUUUGCAUGUACAUAACAUGGUUUCAAGAUGCUUUCGAUUACACCACACCCUGACACUAUACCUCAUCAUAUUUGGGAGUCUGGUAUUAUUUUUUAGUUUCUAUUAUUUUGAUGGCCAUUCACACCAGCGGUCAACAGAAUCAGCCAGUGCUAGUGAAAACGAGAUCAAACAUCGGCCUCUUGUUGAUUACCAAAUAGAUAGGCCUAGCACGCGUAAUAAUCCACCUACAGCAAUAACAGAAAAUUCAUUAGCAACAUCAUUUAAAUCAACUUGCGGUGCGGCAGCUGAUCGUAGAGGUCCACAUCAAAAAGUCAUCGGCUAUUCCAUGUACGGCAGCAAUUUCUCAGAUCCGAAAUUUUACAACAAGUACUUGAAAUGGUUUGGUGAAACUCUCAGGACAAUCCCAAUGAAAUAUCCAGGAUGGGUGGUCAGAAUUUAUCAUCAGCUGAAGAGCGACGACGUGGACAGUUGGAAAGCCCUAAAUGAUGUCCUUGAUUUAAAGGGCAACGGUGACCACAUUGAUCUCUGCAAUGCGACGCAAGUAAUCAGGAAUCGACAUCUGGGAGACAUUUUCGAGAUGACUUGGCGCUGGUUGCCAAUGCUGGAUGAUAUGGUAGACACUUUGAUGUCGAGGGACUCGGACAGUGUCAUAAUUACUCGUGAACAAGAUGCCGUGGCUGAGUGGCUGGCCAGCAACAAAACCUAUCACAUCAUGAGAGAUCACCCACAGCAUUGUCUGUUUUUCGUCGGGUGUUGCUGGGGAGUAAAAAUCAACCAGGAACGCUCUGCAAUCGUCGCAGUAGCCGAGGAGAUGUUUAAAAAGAAUCACUUGCACAAAAAAGGAUACGACCAAGAAAUACUGAUCAAGCACUUUAAAACCAUGGCCGUCAAAAGCAUGGUUGCACAUGACAGCUACUGCUGCGGAAAAUUCCCGGGCAGCCAGCCGUUUCCGACCCCGAGACAAAACGGUUGGUUCAUCGGAUGGCAACGCAAAGUAUUAGCAGAGCUCAAAGUACCAUGUCCGGAAAAUUGCCGACCACACAACUUGACCGGACCAGCAGCAUUAGCCGAUUGGAGUUUGUGCUGAUGAAAUGUAUAGCCAACAUUUUUUUGUGUUAUGUUUGCAUGUAUAGGCCUUAUAUCGCCUUAUAUAGUCUAAAUAAAAGACGAUUGGACUCGA